UUGUUGUUGUUGUUUACUCUGCUGAUGACGCAGCACUUCCUACACAAACAACCCUAAAAUCAUCUUGUGCGCGCGGGACCCGGAGCUCACGAGCCUCCAGGUUGGCUUCCUCCGAGCAGAACCGCCCCCAGCCGCAGAGUCAGCCCGGGCAGAGCGCCUCUCCGCCGGGCUCAGCAGCGGAGAGCAGCCCGGUCCCCCCGCCGGAGCAGCCCGGUGCUGCGGAGCCUCCGGAGCCGCCCACGUCCUCCUCCCCCUCCUCCUCCUCCUCCUCCUGCUCCUCCUGCUUCUCUAGAGAGAUGGCAGCCACCAAAGCGGAGCUGCUCCUGUCCGCCCUGCAGAUCUCGGAGCCCCUGUCCGGCCUCCCGCCGCCUCCCUCCCCGCUGGACGGAUUCUCCAAGCUGGAGGAGCUGCGGCUGCUGCUGCAGAACGCCGCGGCCGGAGGGUCGCUGCUGGCCGCAUCCGCUGCGGAGGGAGCCGGGCUGCUGAGCGCGGAGCCCGGGGAGUACGGAGAUUCGCUGUCGGACCUCGACUUCCAGACGCCCCCCCCCCUGACGCCCCGCCUCCCUCCGCUCGCCUACAGCGGCCGCUUCAGCUUCGAGCCCACCACCAGCGCUGGUCUUUGGGCGGAGCCUCUCCUCAGUCUGUUCAGUGGGCUGGUCAGCGUCGGGGCUCCGCCCCCCCCAGCGUGCAGCCUCCCCUUCUCUGCAUCGUCUGUGACAUCAUCAGUGAUAUCAUCAUCGAGCCUCAGCUGUGACGUCACCUCAGUGUUCUCCGCCACGCCGACCUACACCUCCGCCACCACCUCCGACCUCCUCCUCCCCGCCGCUGAUUCCCAGCCGCAGGGCCCGCCUCCUGCCUACGCCGCCACCGCCGCCAGGCUCGGCCUGCAGCCGCCCCCCCGGGUGGUGCCAAUGCUCCCGGACUACCUGUUGCCGUUGCCACAGGACGGCGAGCUGGGCCUGAUCCCAGACCAGAAGCCGGACCUGAUUCCGCCACCGCUCACACCGCUCUCCACCAUCAAGUCCUUCUCCUCGCAGAUCCAGACGCAGCCGCAGGGCCCCGCCUCCAGCCCCGCCCACCAGGCUCAGCUCACCAAACUUGGCCGGAUUAGGAAGUCCCCCGCCGGCCGUCAGUGCAAGACGCCGCACGAGCGUCCGUACGCCUGCCCCGCCGACGGCUGCGAGCGCCGCUUCUCCCGCUCCGAUGAGCUAACGCGCCACGUGCGCGUGCACACGGGCCAGAAGCCGUUUCAGUGCCGCAUCUGCAUGCGCAGCUUCAGCCGCAGCGACCACCUGACCACGCACAUCCGCACGCACACCGGCGAGAAGCCGUUCGCCUGCGCCGAGUGCGGACGCAAGUUCGCCCGCAGUGACGAGCGCAAGAGACACGCCAAGAUCCACCAGCGUCAGCGGGAGCGCAGAGCUGACAGGAGCUGCGCCUCCUCCGCUGCCAGCGCCAUUAACACGCCGCCCACCUCCUCCCCUGGCUCCUCCUACUCCUCCCCCGUGUACAGCUCCUCCCCCACCGCCGCGCUCCUCCCCUCUUCCUCCUGCUUCGCCUCCUCCCCCUCCCCCCUCCUCUACUCCUCCUGCUGCUCUCCUCCCCCAUGGCGAGUCCUCACUCAGAGCUCCCCUCCCCCCCCAGCGCCAACAACUGCUGACGGACAGGAAGUCCUCCUGUCCCGCAGGGACCUUUGACCCCAGACUGAAACUUUAACGUCACGUCAGACUGUACGAGAGGUCAGAGGUCAGCAGAUCUGCGGAGGAGGUCUACGAAACAUUUUGAGCCUCCUCAGCCUCCGUGGUCACUGAUGGCGUCCGGACGCGAACUUUAACCCUUUGAAACCCGAA